AUGAUUCAUUUACCAGGAAGGCUGUCUUGGUUCACAAUUCUUGACUCUUACUAUGGAAAUAUUACAUACAAUUCCGGCAGCACUUACAGAACCAAUCUGAAUUUCUUGCUUGACACUCUGUCUUCGCAUGCAUCUCGGACAGACAAUAAUGGCUUCUAUAAUUUCAGUACUGGCGAUGACGCUUCAAACAAGGUCUAUGGCGUCUUUCUCUGUCGAGGUGAUGUCAACACUGAUGUUUGCAAAGAAUGCGUAGCAGAUGCCCACAUACGACUACUUGAUGAGUGCCCGAAUCAAACAGCUGCUAUUGUUUGGUAUGACGAGUGCUUGUUACGUUUUUCUGACCAGACGAUCUUCUCCAAGGCUGAUUUGGGAGAGAAUUUGACUAGGUGCAAUCCAAUUAAUGUCCCUGGACCUGACUGGGACAAAUUCAAAAUGGUAUUGAAAAAUUUGUUGCACAACGCUGCGGAUGAGGCUGCAAAUCAUACCUUGGGCAAAAAGUUUGCUGUCCAAGAAGGCAAUUAUUCCACUGAUCAAAAGAGAUUGUAUACCCUUACGCAGUGCACACCAGAUCUAUCCCCUUAUGACUGCAAAAGGUGCCUCACAGAGGCUAUAGUGGUUGUACCCGCUUGCUGUUCCAAGAAGCAGGGAGGGAGAGUAAUCUAUCCAAGCUGUAAUCUGAGGUAUGAGGUCUCCGUCUUCUAUGAUACUGUAUCCUCUGCAUCGCCAAACUCUCCUGGCGGUCCUCCUCCUAAUUCCACUGAAGAAGAUGUCAUUAAAAGACCAACAAUGGCUUCUGUGGUCUGCAUGCUCAAUCCUAGUUCUGUUCCCCUACCAACUCCACAUCGUCCGGCAGUUUUCCGGAGCCAUGGAUCGGAGAGCAGGGUAGACGAGCUGAAAGUUGAUCAAUCCAACGCUCAAAGAAUUUCAGCUCCAAGCUCUGUCAAUGAGGCAUCAAUUACUGAACCAUAUCCCAGAUGA